AUGGACAAAUCUCUCAGAAACAGGUUCAUGCCUAAGAUCUAAUCCAUCACUCUUAUUUCAUCUAAAGAAAAAAGAGUGAACCCUUCACGAUCUUCAUCAGUUGAACAAAAAAAACUAAGGUUCAAUUAAAAUAUAAGCUAUUAUUAGAGCUAAAAUGAUCACACAAAUAACAUUAGCAAGAACUACAUUUCAAAGCAAGAGAUGGAGAGUUUCGAUUAUUUGCAAAAAAAUGCUAAAUUUAUUGAGUAUAGUGAUUACAACAUUAUAUGCGUUGGUCAGUAAAUAAUAGCUAUUUCCUACUUCUACCCUGAGGACUAUCCUGAAUAGAUGAAAGAGAAAUUUGAUCAAAGACUAGAAGAAACUAAAUUAACUAUUAAGAGAAGAUUUCCUUUUGUUCAACUUCUACUUAAGCCUAUGGAAAACUCUGCAGAGACUUCUUAUGGAAGAGAAAAGCCUAACAAACCUUUCUUCGAAGUACAAACUUGUUCUUAUAUUACUAACUAAGGAAUUUAGAAAAGUAUUUUAUCUUCUAUGGCACUUAAUGGUCAACUUCCUAAGGUUUCUUCAAUCAUAAAUAAUUUAUAGAGAACUUUAAGAAAUGUCGAUUUAGUUGUAUAAUUGGAUUGUUUCUUAAAGAAUGUCCAAUUAAUAGGACCUAAUAGACAAAAUUAAUCUCUUCUAGAGGGAUUGCAAGUAUCAUUAAAAUAAAAAACAGAUGAGCUACUCCCUGUAAGUAUCUAUAAAGAUGGAAAACUUAAUACUAGCAAGAUUUUAGAUGAAUGUGGAAGCUCCUAGUUCCUAUCAAAAAUAAAUAUACCUUCAGGCGAGAAUUUGUCAUUAAACAAUUCUUUGUGCCGCUCCUCAAGAUCAAUAAGCCAAAAGCAUUUGAAUUUGUCUUAGUCAAGAAGUACUAAAUCAAUUACAUUCAGCUAAAGAAGCUCAAAGCUAAUUUCUUAGACAUCAAUCUUCUUAGGAACAAAAUCAAGUUCUAAAUAUGACUCUAAAAGUGUUAGAAGCAAUUAAAAUGAAUCUAUGAUAAGCUAAAAAAUGUUGAGCCCCAUUGAAAAAUUUACAUCUCCCCUCAAAAAGAAUCAACCAAUAAAAGUUUUUUCUCUCAAAGCACAAACAAACAAAAGUGGUACUGCCUAUUUAAAAAAUAUCCCACUUGAUGUAGAAGAUUACUAACUAGAAAUAUCAGGAUCAAGAGAGCUGAAGUAUUUCAAGCAGCUAAUUAACUUAAAAUCUCUCUAUGAGUAAUAAAAUGAUGGAAUCUUAACAGUUUACUAUGAUUUGGAAAGGGAAGACCUUUGCUAAGGAAAUAUUAAGGUAAACUAAAACAAGACAUUAAUAAAAGACGCAAUUAUUAAAAUUGGAAACCAUGAAUUUUGGAAUCAAUCGUCCUCAUAAGAAUAAAAUAAAAAUCUGUGGUACUAAUAGAUUGAGAGCGAAAAUAAUUAAAAUUUCUAUUCAUUUUUUAGUCUUCCUGGUUCUUACUUUAUUGAAAUAAGCAAGGAAGGUUGCUACACAGAAAGAAAGUAGGUUCAUUUUAAAAGAGGAACAUUUGAGUUAACAGUGAAUCUUGUAUAGUCUACUCUUGUAAAACUUAUUCUCAAAACAAAGAGCUUAAUCACACAAGAACUUGUUGGAAAUUUUAUGCUGAAAGUUGUAGAUGAAUAAAAUAAUAUCUUAUGGAAUUAAAUGACUGAUGAGACAGGUAUUUCAAUUAUACAAAUUUCUCUUAUGAAAAAGGUGAGAGUUUAUGUCUAAAGAGAAAACUUUGUCAGCGUUUUCUAAGAUAUAUACUUAUCAGCUGAAAUGCUUGAUCACGAUAUUUUUGUUAUUCCUUAAAAUGAAAAUGUGAAAAACAGAUUAGACAUUCUCAUUCAUGAGCCUCAUAAUGAAUUUAACUUAAAUUACUAGUUACUAUGUCCUGGGUUCAAUCCUGUUAAUUAACAUAACACUUCAAACGUGGUCUACGGAGCUAGCUAUGACUUUAUCAAAUUCAAGAACGGAGGUAGACUUAUUGGUAUUUCAGUUUAGCAACUAAAUGGAAAGAAUUUUGAAAUUGAAGCUUUUUCUAUUCUAUAAAAACCUAAUGUAAAAGAAUAACUUUCAAAUUAGACUCCAAUUUAACAAAAAAAUAAAAAUUAGACUCCUUCUGACUCAUAGAAUAAUGAAAAUGAUUUCACUUUCUUAGAUCUUUACUCUCGCACUGUGUGCUAUCCAGAUUCCACAAAGUAAUAAAAAUAUGAAGAACAUCAAAAGUUAGGAAGAAAUUUCUGUAAAGCCGUACAAAGUGUAAACGGUUACUUUUAUUCAUAAAGAUUAGCUACUACACCUUUGCAAUAUUAAAAGAAUAUCAAAGAUUAUGUCUAUGUGAAUGAAUAGUUAUUGAAGUAUACUCCAGAAAAAAGUGCAAGAGUCUAUGUUAUCUAUAAUAACACUUUGUUGGAUAUAUCAUAUAUCAAUCAGAAUAUUUUUGUUUAGAAAAAAUAAAUAGGAUACUUUGAUUUCGCAUAGAAGGCUUUUAUAGACAGCUUGCAAUCUUAUAUUAGUGAACCUUAUAAUUGCUAAUCUAAAUAAGUUUUGCAUGAGAAAAAAGGCAAUUUAUAGUAAGUUAAUCCAUCAGAAUAUGCUACCAAGAAAAAUAUUGCAAGGCCAUUCCAAAUAGAUAAAAUUGCUUUAAAAGACUCAAGAGAAGCAAAGUUCUUCACACCUGUAAAUAAAAACUAAUAAAGGUAACAAUAAUCUGUCUUUAAUAAAAGAUAUUGA